AUGAGUCGCGACGAUCUCCCGCCGUCAAUAAAUUUCUCCGAGGAAGAGGAGAAAAUAAUUCAGUUUCACAAUGAAAUUGAGGCAUUUAAGACAUCCUGCAGACUCUCCGCCAAACGUCCACCGUUUACGUUUUAUGAUGGGCCACCGUUUGCGACCGGACUGCCGCACUAUGGACACAUUUUGGCGGGUACAAUAAAGGAUGUGGUUACGCGUUUUGCGUACAGCGAAGGCUAUCACGUAGAACGUCACUUUGGCUGGGAUUGUCACGGUCUGCCCGUGGAAUACGAGGUGGAUAAGCUGAACAAUAUCAGUGGACCACAGGACGUCGAGGCGAUGGGCGUCGCAGCUUACAAUGCCAAGUGCCGUGAGAUUGUGAUGCGAUACUCCUCGCAAUGGCGCAGCGUCGUCCAGCGCAUCGGCAGGUGGAUCGACUUUGACGAUGAUUAUCGUACCAUGUACCCCACCUUCAUGGAGUCCGUGUGGUGGGUCUUCAAACAGCUGUAUGAGAAGGGUCUCGUGUACCGCGGUGUUAAAGUGAUGCCCUUCUCCACGGCCUGUUCCACACCGCUGUCAAACUUUGAGGCAGGUCUGAACUACAAAGACGUUCAGGAUCCUGCCAUCGUUGUGUCAUUCCCUGUCGAAGAUUUUGACAACAGCGCAUCCACCGUCUGCAUUGAACUGCUUGCGUGGACUACCACACCCUGGACGUUGCCUAGCAACUUGGCGUUGUGUGUUAAUCCGGAAAAAGACUACGUCAAAAUCAAGGAUAAAAGUAGGGAUAGGGUAUUCAUCAUCAUGGAGUGCCGUCUGGAGUGGUUCUACAAAAAAGCGGAUGACUACGAGGUUCUAGAGAAAAUGAAAGGCAAGAAGUUGAUUGGAUUGAAGUACAAGCCACUUUUCGACUACUUUAUUGGGUUGAAGGAGUUGCGUGGCGCCUUUCGUGUGGUCGGUGACGCCUACGUAACCGAGGAAACGGGGACGGGAGUAGUACAUCAGGCGCCCUACUUUGGUGAGGACGACUUUAGAGUCUGUCUGCGCGAAGGGAUCGUGACGAAGGAGAUGGCAACAGUGUGUCCGGUAGAUGCGAGUGGUCGUUUCACCGCCGAGGUUAAGGAUUUCGCUGGUCAGUAUGUGAAAGACGCCGACCGGUCGAUCUGCCAGCAUCUCAAACACGCCGGUCGUCUCGUGCAACAGUCCACACUUCAACACAGCUACCCCUUUUGUUGGCGGUCGGACACACCUCUGCUGUACAAGGCAGUGCCGACGUGGUUUGUGCGAGUGGAGUGCCUGGUGGAGCGCUUAUUGGCGAACAGUGCUGCGACGUACUGGGUCCCCGAGUUUAUAAAGGAGAAGCGCUUUGCCAAUUGGCUCAGGGACGCGCGGGAUUGGGCUAUCUCGCGCAAUCGAUACUGGGGCACGCCCAUCCCUCUGUGGGUAUCAGAGGACUUCGAGGAGGUGGUCUGCAUUGGCUCUGUUGACGAGUUAGAGCGGCUAUCUGGCCAUUGCGUCACCGACCUUCAUAAGGAGUUUGUGGAUCCAAUCACGAUUCCGUCACGCAUGGGCAAGGGCGAGCUACGACGUAUUUCGGAAGUGUUUGACUGCUGGUUUGAGUCCGGUUCGAUGCCAUAUGCACAGAUGCACUAUCCCUUCGAGAACGCGGAGCGCUUUAAUUCGGGCUUCCCAGCAGAUUUCGUGGCGGAGGGAGUCGAUCAGACGCGUGGGUGGUUCUACACUCUCUUCGUCCUUUCCACUGCUCUCUUCAAUCAACCACCUUUCAGAAACCUCAUUGUCAACGGCAUUGUACUUGCCUCGGACGGGCAAAAGAUGAGCAAAAGGCAAAAGAACUACCCAGAUCCGUGCAAAAUAGUGGAGCAGUACGGGGCGGACGCGCUGCGGCUCUACCUUGUCAAUUCGCCGGUGGUGCGCGCACAGAGUCUGCGCUUCUCUGAAUGGGGUGUGCGCGAUGUACUAAAGGACGUCUUUAUUCCAUGGUAUAACGCCUUCCGCUUUCUCAUGAAGUCGGGCAUUGAGCCCUGGGAGCGGGUACACGGCACGACGUUUCGAGUACGUGCGGAGGCGUGGCCAAAGUCGCGGAACCUGAUGGACCGGUGGAUCCUAUCCUUCACUCAGAGUCUCCUCCUGUUUGUGCGCACUGAGUUGCGCGCCUACCGUCUUUACACGGUGGUACCUCGACUAGUGUGCUUUAUCGAACAACUUGUUAACUGGUACAUCCGCAUGAACCGCCGCCGACUGAAAGGUGAGGCACAGCCCACACUGACGGCGAAUGGGGCAACGAUGGACGCGGAGGAGGACUGGUACGGUGCACUGCACACUCUCGUAAAGGUCUUUUUCCAACUCAUUUUCGUGAUGGCGCCAUUUGCUCCCUUCUUCACGGAGUUUAUCUACCAGCGCCUGAAGGCUAAACUGGACUUCUCCGAAUUCCCUCUUGACGGAGUAAGUGACGCUGAGUCGGGCGCCGUAAGAGCGGAUGGGGCACCGGCGUCGGUGCACUACCUGGUGGGCGUAUCAGCAGAGAGCGGCGGCAUUGACACUGCCCUGGAGGAGCGGGUGGCGUGGAUGCAGGCGGCGGUGGAAUUGGGGCGGAGUAUCCGCACCCGGCACGACCUCCCUCUUAAGGCACCGUUGCCUGCCGCCGUGGUGAUUCAUCCCCUUGCGGAGGCCCGUGAAGCCGUCACCGCGCUAGCGUCCUACGUGACGGAAGAGCUGAACAUACGCAACCUUACCGUCACCGAUGACAAGACCACCUACCGGGUGCGCCUACGUGCUCGUCUCAACCCUGUCCUCGGUGCGCGCCUUCGCGCUCGUCUUCGUCUUCUAGCUGCUGCUGUCGCCGCCCUCCCACAGUCUUCCCUGGAGGCUUAUCUCACGACGGGUGAGAUGACAGUCGAGGGAGAGCGGCUGAGCGGUGACGACGUGACAGUCGACUACGUGGUUGGCGACGAGGACAACGAUGAGAACAACAAUACCCAGGCGAAAAAGUUAAAAGCCAAAUUGGCGGAGAAUGGGAAGGCACCGGUGGAGGUGGCGGAGGGACCGAAGUACAAGGCGCAGGCGGAUGGGAAGGGCUUGCUGGUGUUGUUGGACGUGCGAGCAGACACAGAGUUGGAGGAGGAGCGGGUGGCUCGUGAACUCAUCAACCGCAUACAACGCGCUCGCAAGAAGGCCAUGCCGGAGGACGCCAUCCAGGUGGUAGUUUCGACGAUGUCAGAGGUGCUUGCUCAAGUUCUCACCUCCCACACCGCACUCAUCGACGCUACCGUGAAACAGCCAAUUGUUUGCUGCACCAUGGAGGAUGCUGCCUUGACAGCCGCCACCGCGGCUGUUCAGGCAAGGGGCGAGCGACUAGGCGACAUUGUAGUCUCCGAUGCCACAACGAUUCCACCCGAUGACUUGGUUGUCACCAUCUUUCAUCGAAUAGCUUCUACCAAAGAUACUGCCAGCCACAGCACCACCGCGGCUUCAAAGUCACAUGUGCCCGGUGAGCAUUCUAGCAUGAGAAGUCUGAAGGUGCGCUGCCCAGUGGUGGGUGAAAGCAUCGACGUUUGCCUUGUGGACGCCACAGGCAAGCAGCUGAUCAGUGGUGUUGUGGAGCUGCUUGAUGUGGUUCGUGGGGCCUUUGACUGGCGUUUGGCGGCGAAUCUGCGACUGAUGCACUCAGGGACGGAGCUGACCUGCGACUCGACGGUGAAUGUGCUCAAUCUGGCUGGGCAGGAGUUGUGUUUGUUGUGA